AUGAAAGAAGCAGGUUAUGCUGAUGAGUUGAAGAUUCUUGAAAGCUUCAAAGAUACAAGGAAUGAAUGGUUUGUGAAAGAGGGGAAAAAGAAGAAAAGCAGAAAAUCAACACCACAAGUUCAAGCUGAGGAGGGUUCUUCAUCACAACCAAAGAAACGUCAAAAGAAGAGUGUGGAGACUAUGUUGGAAUCUGAUAUUGAUGAAGUGUUGAAAAAGAUUGAUUAUGAUUUGGAAGCAGAUAAGGUAGGUGAUGAAGGAGUUGGUGCUGAUGAAGAUAAGAGUUCUUCUAGUUCUGAAUCUGAAGUUGAUGAAACAGAGCGUAUGAGGAGAAUUCAAGCUGAAAUUGAAAAAGAAAAGCAGCUGAAAAGAAAGAGGAGACAGGAGAAGGAUGAUGAUCUGUAUAUUCUAUCUCCUGAUCAUGUUCCAGAUUCUCAAACACCUCCAUCUGGUGGUAGAAAGAAAGCAAGUGCUAGGAAGAGUGUAGUUUCUCCAAGAGCUUCAAGGAAGAAAUUGAUUAUGAGGUUGCCUAAACGCACACCGAAAACAAAAUCUAGUCAACCACCAUCACCACCACUUGAACCAUCACCACCUAAAUCACCACAUAAAUCUCCUCCAAAACAACCUACUCCACCUCAAUCACCACAUCUUUCACCAUUACAUCUAUCACCACCAUAUGAAUCACCUCCACCCCACACACCUAUCCAAGAACAACCUGUUCUUACUUCUCAACAAAUUUUUCAAACACCACCACCCACUCAAGCACGUGUACAAAUCACUCCCGGAUCUUCAGGUUUUAAAGAUUUUCCUAAUGUUCCAGGGAAUAUUGGUCUUGACGAGAUUGGAGAUUUCGGUUUUUCAAAUGAUGAGCAAGUAAAGAAAUUGGAGAAGAAGAUGGAUGAUGUAUUGGUUAAGAAUAAAAGAUUGAUAGAUCGUGAAAAGAUACUCGAGAUGCGUGUUAAGAAAGUUGAAUUUGAUAACAAGUCGUUGCUAAAGAAAAUUGAAGCUGAUCAGACAGAAAUAGAUAUUCUGAAAGUCAAAGUUGCAGAAUUAGAAGAAGAGAAAGCACGACGUGAUGAGCAGAAUAAGUAUUUUGAGUUGAAAAACAAUGAACUAGAAGCUGCGAAAGCUAUGAAAGAACAUGAAAUUUACAUGAUGAAUAAAGUGUUGGAAAAUAUGCUUGGUAAGUCUGUAGAGCAAAGGUUUGAAAAGAUUUAA